AUGGCGGUCAUUGUUAACCCGGGCAUCGACCAAUCCGUGGGAGGCACAGGUCAAGCAUGCGCAGGAAGAGUGUGUAAUAAGCUGCAAUGCAUGAUGUUCGUAACCCUAGAAUUCAACUUGCUUGCAGUCUACAGUGAAGAAGAUACAGAAACCCAGUUCUGUCUUGAGCACCAAAAAGCCUUCGAAGGCUCCUGCUAUGAGUUUGUGACCCUGCAGCGCAGCUUCCUCGAGGCUCAAAGUUGGUGUGAGCGUGGUGGUGGACACUUGGCCUUCAUCCAGAAUGAUGAGACGCAGCAAUUUCUCCAGAGACAUUUGCAAACGGAGCAGGACUGGUGGCUAGGACUGGCACCUUCCUCCUUCAACUUCAGCAUGGGCUCCGCUGCCACAGAGGGUUCCUUAUCCUGGCUGGAUGGAUCUGACGUGAGUUACUCUAACUGGCUCAGGGAACCUGAACUUGGAGAAGCUUGUGGUUACAUCUUGAAGCAAUCUGGAUUUCAGUGGGCAUCAACCAAAAACUGUAGCCAAGAGCUGAACUUUAUCUGCGAGUUUGAGUCAGGACAUGCUCUAGCCUGUCUGGAACACAAUGCCACGCUACAGUGUGGCUCUGGUCAGGUUAUAGAGAUCGAUGACAGCUUCUACGGCAGGAAGACGCCGCACUACUGCAAGGCUGGACACUCUUUGCCUGACGCAUCCUUACAGGAGGAGUGCAGCUGGGUCGACGUGGUGGAUCAGGUGUCGGGGCACUGUCAUGGCUUGCAGGUAUGCCAGGCGAUAGCAGAUGUAGCAUCCUUUGGAGAGCCAUGCCCAGGACUAGGAAGCUAUUUAUCAGUGGAUUAUCACUGCAAAUAUGGUCUUCACCUGCUGAUCAACAAGCAAGCUGCUGUCUUUCAUAACGUAUCUUUGGCUAUAAAAUGGUUGCUCCAUCCUUUCCAAGGAAAUCUCACAUGUACUUUGAAUGCUGGUGAUGGACACACUAUUGACCCCUACAUGCCUGAAGAGUUGCAGAGUAUUAUAGUGCACAGGUACCAACACGCUGGAGUGUACACUGUAACAGUGGAGUGUAGCACCAGCGAGUGGCAUGUGACCGCUCAGAAAACCAUCACCAUCCAAGAACCUAUUGGGGAAUUUAGCAAAAUUGUGUGUCACAGCUCAGACCAGACGACAGACAGAGAAAGCUGCAAAGGUCUUAAUAACCAUGUGCUGAGAAUCCAAGUGCAGCUCAGUGCAGGUACUAACAUCACAUAUAAAAUUCAAAAUGGGAUCACUGAGCUUGUCCAGUCUUCCGAAGUCAGAGGGAUUGUUCCUCACAACAUCACUAUCCCUCAAGAAGCUUUGCAGAUGUUAGGCUUAGGAUGCCAUCAACUUAUUCUCCUGGCCUCCAAUGAAGUGACAGCUCCAGAUGUGUCUGUUCCUCUGGAACUUUGCUUGAUGGAGCCAGUGAAUGGUCUUCAAGCCUCUGUGGCACCAGAACAGGGCCUGUGCUCAGACUCAGCUCUAUAUGUUAAUGUCUCUCUGGACCAUGGUGCUCCAGUGGAGGUGCUCUUUCUGGUGUCUGGGGAUAACGAUAGCUUUUCAGAGACCCAUCGCAUGCUAAAUGGAAGUUUACAGACCUUCAGGGUCUCAAGCAAAAUAGAAGGUGCUGGUUAUUUUAUUUAUUUAUUUUUUUUACUAGGAAAGCAAUUCUUUCUUCUAGUUGUUUUUCAAGUAACCAACAAAAUUCCUGUUACAGGUUCAAUGCAGGUAAAGGUCAAGGCAUGGAACUUGUUUACAUCAAUGGAAGUCAGUGCUGGAGACACGCUAUUGGAUUGCCAGUCAGGAGACCUAAGUGGCAAUAUCUUGAAGAUCACUGCAAACCCAGAGAGCCCAGUCAUGGGCACAAGUAGCAUAAUAUGUUCCAACUGCAACCCAGUGAAUGUCAAUGCGAAUGUUAAGCUGCAGUUACAGUGUGAAGGCUGUCAGCAAGUUGUUUGGUACUUUGAGGACACAAACCCAAUACCUGAUGUUUUGAUUCCCUGCUAUUCUGAAACAGGACAGAAAGCACUGAUAAAACAGAAGGAAGGUGCCAGUUCUUUUAUAAUCGAGAGUGCAAUUCUAGUCAAUACACAGCAGAAUAUAAAUGUUGUUGCUUAUGGUGUAAAAGAUGGCUUAUCUGGAUCAACUGAAUUCACCAUCCCAAUAUUCAAUGCCUCGUCUACUUUGGUCCCAACAUUACUACCUGAUAGUCAAGCCACAAAUGAGCAGCCUGAGUCUAUUGUAACCACCUCCAAUACUCCGUUUAGUUCUCCCACUACUGCUACUAAUCCCCUACAAGAGGUUUCACCUCCACUGUCCUGUAACAUUAACCCCACUGUCGGAGACAUUCUCUCUCCCUUCAACAUCAUGUGCACUACGCCUCCUUCGUUCUGCAAUGCUGGACCAUGCAUGUACUGCUUCAGAACAUCCACUGGUGACUACCUGUACUGUGGCCAGAACCAUACAGUGGCGUCACUCUUUCUCCCUGUUGGGGGUGGUGCUAACUACACCCUGGCUGUAGCUAUCACAGUUGAGAAUGUAGAAGGACAGAAGAUUAACACAACUUUAUCUGUCCAGGUAAAUGAUGUUAGCAUUGGGCCAUCAGUGGAGGAUCUGCAGGGCUUCGUGUCCAAGCAGGUGGACCAGCUGUUGCAGAAUGGGAAGCUCUCAGGAUCAACACUAGCCCAGAUGUUCCAGUCUGUGUCUUACAGGCUGAAUGAGGACACAGCUGAGGGCCAAGAACAAGAUGCAAAGAUGAAGCUCCGAGAGCAGAUGCUGAUAGACCUGGGCACGGCUGUGAACACUGCCCCUCUCAGGAACCCUGGAGAAGUGCAAAAGACAGCUGAUGCUGUAGUGAGCCUCACUACACAGAGUGAAGAGCUGACAUCUACAGCUCAGCUAGAGGCCAGCUCAAUUUUGUCAAACCUCAGUGUGUCCCUGGUUUCUAUUACACUCACUGAGGGGGAUGACAAAGAAGUAACAAGGCAGGUGGUCACACCCAUCAUUCAGGCUGCCAGUAACAUCCUCAAAGUUUCUACUAGCACUGACCAGCAGGAAAUCAUCUCAGAAAACCUGCUAAAUGCAGCAGACAAUGUCCAAAGUGCACUGCUGGCUGGUACAAGCAUAGACCAAGAGCCUAUUAUUGUUAGCACCUCUGAGAUCAGUGUGUAUGUAAACAGAAUGUCCCCAGUGGCACUUCAGAAACAGUCCUUCAGUAUUGAGUACAACAGCUCCGCCAGCUUUGUGCUCCCAUCUUUGGGUCCUAAUGUGCUGCCUUUAGAAGAGCCAGUGGAUCUACGGAUGCUGAGUUUUGCCAUAAACCCUUUCCCCCUGAGGGAAGGUGAGCAGAUCAGCGGAGCCGUGGCGUCUCUGUCCAUCACUCGAGAGAACGGAUCUGUUAUCCCAGUAUCUGGCCUCAGUGAGGAGAUUGAGAUUAUCUUGCCAAGACCAGAGGCUGAAGUUGACAGUACCUUUCUGGACCUGGGAAACUACAGUACUUUAAUCAUUAAUGUGACUACACCAAACAUAUCUCUGGUUUUAAAAUUGGACCCCUCAGAAGAAAUACCUUUACAUUUACUCCUGGGGUUUGAACACUACCCAAACAACACGCACUACAAGACCUCAAUUCAGCUCCCUCAAUCAGGAAAUUCAACAGAAGAGAGGUAUGCAUGGGUCCUGGAUUCCAGGGAUAUAACACUAGAAGUAGGGGUUUACUAUCUUUUGGUGAGGCCUAUUGGCUCAGCAGGUGUAAACUCCUCGAAUGCCUCCGUAUACAUCACGUCAAUAGCUGCUCAGUGUAAGUACUGGGAUGAGACUGAAACCACAUGGAGUGACUACGGCUGCAGGGUUGGACCUCACACCACACCACUGUUUACUCAGUGCCUUUGUACUCAUCUGACAUUUUUUGGCAGUUCUUUCUUUGUUAUGCCCAACCUGGUCGACGUAUCCCGCACCGCUGAACUGUUUGCCACGUUUGUCAAUAACCCUGUGGUGGUGUGUUUCGUGGGUGCCAUUUUCCUCAUCUACCUCAUAGUUGUGGUGUGGGCACGAAGAAAGGACAUCCAAGACACUGCAAAGGUAAAAGUCACAGUGUUAGAGGACAAUGAUCCCUUGGCUGAAUAUCGCUACUUACUGACCGUCACCACUGGUCAUCGCCGUGGAGCUUCGACAUCCUCUCAGAUUACAGUGACUCUGCUGGGCUCUGAGGGAGAAAGUGAACCUCAUCAUCUAACUGACCCAGACAAGCCGGUAUUUGAAAGAGGAGGAACGGACAUGUUCCUCCUCACCACGCCUUUCUCACUUGGAGAGCUGCAGAGCAUCAGAUUAUGGCAUGAUAAUUCUGGGAAACAUCCUGCUUGGUAUGUUAAUAAGGUGAUGGUCCAAGACCUGGAGACGGGACAAAAGUGGCAUUUCUUAUGCAGUUCAUGGCUGGCUAUUGAUGUAGGAGAGUGCACCCUGGAUAAAGUGUUUCCUGCAGCAUCAGAAACUGACUUAAAAAGGUUUAGUAAUCUGUUCUACAUGAAAACCACAAAGGAUUUCCAAGAUGGUCAUAUUUGGUUUUCAGUGAUCAAUCGGCCGCCCAACAGUAACUUCACCCGAGUACAGCGUGUUUCAUGCUGUUUCUCUCUGUUGCUCUGCACCAUGCUGACCAGCAUCAUGUUCUGGGGGAUUCCCACUGACCCCUCUGAACAGACCAUGGAUCUGGGGAAGAUCGAGUUUACCUGGCAGCAAGUGAUGAUUGGAAUCCAGAGCUCUAUUAUUAUGUUCCCCAUCAACCUUCUUAUCGUAAGCAUCUUCAGAAGUGUCAGACCAAGAGAACGAAGAAAAGAUCAAACUCCUAAACAGUCUAAGACCGAUUUUGUUAAGCAAGGAAAAACAGGACGGGUGUCACCAACCCAACCUCCUUCUCCGCAGAGUGACCACAGGGAGAUCACACCAGAUGCUGUAACCAAGGACAUCAAAAGGAUAGCCCAAUCACUCUCCAAGGCACUGAGGAGCCCUAUGCCAAGGAUAGACCCUGAGAAAAUGGAUAUCAAUGCUCUCCUGUCACUAGUCGAAGAUAUUAUUUGUCAGCAGAACCGUGCAGGCGAGUUUUACUCUGAUACCUCCAAAAAGGAUCUCGCUAUCUCUCUGGGUGCUGUAAAUCUUCAUGAGAGAAGUCCUGACAAGAUACCAAAUGAGAAACACAGUAUCUUCAGGCAGUAUCUCUACAAACAGCUGCAGAAUGUGGAGAAGGAGCUGAGGCUGCUGGGUCCAUCCCGGUUCUCUAAACCAGAGAGCUACAUUCAGGCAGUGCUGCAGGUUCAGGGCAUGAAACGAUUGCUAGAGCCAUAUCUCUCCUCCAGCUCCAACAGAGACCAAGUCUCCUGCAGCUCCAGUCUGGGGGAGGAUCAUGGAGGCGAUAAGAAGUGCUGUCAGAAAGGCUUGCCCUGGUGGUUUGUGUUUGUUGGCUGGAUUCUCGUUGCAGCCACUAGUGGUGUGUCAGCGUAUUUCACCAUGAUGUAUGGGUUGACUUAUGGAACGGAUCGUUCUAUUAGCUGGCUCAUUUCUAUGGUUGUGUCCUUUUUCGAGAGCCUCUUCAUCACCCAGCCGAUAAAGGUGCUUGGAUUUGCUGUCUUCUUUGCUCUGGUUCUAAAGAGAGUUGAUCAAGAAGAAUAUGGAGAUGUUCCAAUCGAGGGUGCUUUAUCAAGUACAGAUGAUCCUGAUGGUAUAUGCAUUGCCAGGAGAGACAGCACAUGUAGUUUCUACCAGCCUCCUCCUCCUUGUGAUAUUGAGAAGAUGCGGAACAACAUGAUCAAAGAACAGAAAGUGUUUGCACUCAUCAGGGAGAUUCUCAUUUACGUAGGGUUCCUCUGGAUGCUGCUCCUGGUGGCUUACGGUCAGCGAGACCCAAAUGCUUACUACCUCACUCAACACAUUCAGCAGAGUUUUAGGACCGGCAUUGCUGACAGUAUGACCUACAAAGGUGUGUUUACCUGGGCAAACACCACCCUCCUAAAUAGCGUUUUUGGACAGCAACCAGGCUUCAUCACAGAUGGAAACUCGAAGCUUGUAGGCAAUGCUCGACUCCGGCAGGUUCGUGUACACAAGGAUUCCUGCAGGACCUCCAGCUUCAUGAGCCGCUCCAUUCACGACUGCCAUGCUCCAUACUCAUGGGAGGUGGAGGACAUGGGCUCCUAUGGUCCAGGCUGGAACCGAUCAAUAGAUGUAAAUGUGUCAAAGAGUCUCCUCAUGCCAUGGCGAUACCAAACCCAGUCCAGACUCAGAGCACACCCUAUCUGGGGUGGGGUGGCUUUCUACAGAGGUGGGGGCUUUGUUGUGGACCUGGGGCCUAACAAACAAAGCGCAAGAAGUUUGCUUCAGCACCUUUUCGAGAACAUCUGGGUAGACAAAUACACUCGGGCUAUCUUCGUGGAGUUCACAGUAUAUAACGCUAACGUCAACCUCUUCUGUAUCGUCACGCUGAUGUUUGAGACCACAGCAGUAGGGGCAUUCCAGUACCGCAGUGAUCUACAAAGUGUCCGCCUUUAUCAGUCGACUGAUGGUUUUCAUAUUUUCAUGAUGGCCUCCGAGGCCAUCUAUUUUCUCUUCAUUCUCUAUUAUAUGUUUCAGCAGGGAAAGCUUAUGAAACAGCACAAGUGGGAAUACUUCAGGAGCAAGUGGAAUCUUUUGGAGCUGGCCAUCAUUAUUUUAAGCUGGAGUGCACUGUGUGUUUUCAUCAAGAGGACACUGUUGGGCAAGCGGGACAUUGAGUACUAUCAAAAGCACAAAGAUGAACAUGCUAGCUUCCAUGAAACUGCCACAGCAGAUGGAGUUCUUGGAUAUCUUGUAGCCUUCCUGGUUCUUCUGGCUACAGUCAAACUGUGGCACUUGCUACGCCUCAACCCUAAGCUUCAAAUGAUCACUGCGACGUUGCAUCGGGCGUGGAACGACAUCUCUGGCUUCAUUAUCGUCAUGACAAUUAUGUUCUUAGCUUACUCCAUCGCUUGUAAUUUAAUGUACGGCUGGAAGCUUUAUUCCUACCACACUCUUCUACAUGCUGCCAAGACCAUCGUAAGCUUGCAACUGGGGAUCUUCAACUAUGAGGAAGUUUUGCAGUACAAUCCUGUUCUCGGUGCAUUUGUCAUCGGUUCUUGCAUCAUCUUCAUGACGUUUGUGGUUCUCAACCUAUUCAUAUCCGUCAUCCUGGUGGCAUUUUCUGAAGAACAGAUACACCAUAAGCCAUCUGAAGAGGAGGAAAUCGUGGAUCUGAUGCUGAUGAAGAUAUGCAGCCUUUUGGGGAUCAGAGUUAAGAAGAACCAGUUGCCUGAGGAACCAAAAGCAACACCUUUUGCCAUAUCGUAAAUGUACGAUAAAGAUAAAAGUGCAUAACUCGAGCUUUUUACGUAAUGCCCUUUUUGUCUUUGCAAAUUGCUAGAGCUAUUAAUAAUCGCUGUGCACAAUGCUGUAAUUAUAUUUAAAAGCUUCAUGUGAAAGGUGUUACAUGUAUUGUGUAGGAUUUUAUUAUAUAAAGCUGUAAAACAUAGCCCUCUAGGUCUCUCUACAAGGAUUUUAACCGUCUUGAAUUGAUUGUAAUGAAGCAAUCCUAAGAUGUCACUUUUCGUGAUAAUUUUACUAUUUGUUUGUUUCGGAUCUAUAUGAAAGGUUCAUCAGUCACAGCAUGCGGAGCAGUUCAAUGAACCAAACCUCAUUCGGAUUUAUGUGGACACGUCAUCUAAUCCAAGCCUAAUAGACUGAAAAACGUAUUAACCACUGAUAAUGACAAUUUUCUGUACGAUGUUUAUUUAAAAUGAAUGGAAGGAGUCUCUGCUUUGUAAAAAGUCCACCACAGGAAGGUCUUCUGAGGGUGAAGAUGCUGCACUUUCUGGUUCAUCAGAAACUGUAUCGUAUUUAAUUCAAGCAAAAGAAUAAAAGAGAGGCCGGUGAUGGACCAAGUCUUUACAGUGGCUGGUUUGUAAGGGAGAACAGGAACUAACUUGUUUUAAUAAUCAUUAAACGCAACUAUAAAUGGAUAGUAAUUACUGGCAAAUUGCUAAGAGGAAUAAAAGU